CUCAGAUGGAAUAGUAAAGCUCAAUGUUACCGUUUUAUAUUUCAUCGGCAUUAUCAAUGAGAAGGUAUUUAGAAAAUGGAUAACUCACUACUUGUAGCCUGGUUUGUGCUCAUCACUCAUUGGCUGGGCGUGAGCGCUCUGAUUGGACUAAGACCAGCUAACCAAAGCCCUCACAAGGAUGAUGACGACUCUCGUCCCCCGCCAACUUCACCAAAACCACACCAAUCGCUGUAUUCUCAGCUCCAUUCUCCAUAUGAGCUGCCCAAAUUUAUCCACAACUAUACGAUAAAGGAGAUAUCCAAUCAAGCUACAGAUAGAAACAGAUGUGACCUGUCUUCUUCUCUUCAGUGCACGGCGAGGUUUCUUCGACAAGCUAUUGGAAAUGACACAGAUAUAUGUAAUGAUGUUGAGACAUUUGGUCGUUGUGUAAUUGGCAGUCUCAGAAACGUCGGAAGGAGGGAAUUCGUUAUGGGUGUAACAGCUUUCCAGAAAUUACAUAUCAAGCUUCGGGACGAAUAUCGUUGCCAUGGAAACAUGACUCCUGUUGUUGAUGUAUCUCGUGCUAGACAUUUGAUAACUAAACGGCAAGGAGAUUCUUGCUGCAUUGAACGGCUUUCGCAGUGUUCGUUUCAAACAUAUUUGAAAAUAAUCAGCAACAGAACAAACAAGUGCUCCGGAAUAUCUUACUUAAAUGUCUGUAUGAAUGAAAACGUGUGUGGAAGAAAAGUAAUUCUGAAAUCUUUGGAGGAAAUGUUAAGGCGGUUAAUUUUCACAUGCCAGUAGAUUAAUUUCAAAAAAAGCCUUUUAACAAUAAGGCUUAAGGGUCAGUAACAUAUUUUGACCAAUGAAGUAAAUUAUUCAACUGGAAUCUACAGCGUCAAGCCUAAUAGCCGAUAAUUAGCAAUACAGACGGCACCGAUCCCUAACGAGAAACAAACAGCAUCACAUUUAUCUGGAACAGAUUACUCAUCAAUGGAUGCAUUGUUUUGUUUUGUUUUGUUUUGUUUUGAAGAUGAUGCUGCAUUUUAAUAAGACAUAAAUGAUAAAAUGUUUCUAGAACUCGUCUAGAAAGAGAAUCAUGAUUUAAAGGAGUAUACAAAAACCCUGAACAUGUUCUGUUAAUCAGUUGUUCGUUUUUUUCUUUUAGUUACCUGACCCAAAACAAACAAAUGGUUGUGAUUACGUUGAACAUAUCUUGUUUAAUAUCAAUUAUCAUAUCAUAUACCAUCUCAUUAACUCAUGCCUUCACUCAAUGUUCUCCAAAUGUCUUUUAUAUCCUUACGUCAUAUACAUUCUAUUGCGGUAUACAGAUGUAUACUUUAGACUCAUGAUGAGUGCAAAAUUAUUAUUCUUAUGUGUUUGAUGAAAAACAAAUCUGUCAACAACGUUUCAAAUACAGGGGCUGCUAAAUACUAUAUGUAAGAAAAUGUGUACGUGUUAACUGCGUUUUGAGUUUUCCGUCAUCCAUGUAUGUGUCUUAUGGUAACUAUAACAUAACAAGGAAAUAUGACGUCAUAGUUUCUUAAGUCUAUAUUAAUAAAGUCAUUGCCAAUGGUGUAGCAUUUAUAAGGUCUAUGCUACUUUUGAAGUCGAUCAAACUUUUUUUAUUAUUUGGCGAAUACUAUAUUUGAUAUGAUGUCUAAACUGAUUUUUUCCAGAAAGGCCCAAUUUUACACAUACAAGUUACUCGUUGUUUUUUUUAUGUAAACUAUACGGCUUUAUCAGCUUACGACAUAAUGUAAUUUAAUACCUUGUAACGAAAUUAGAGAUUGAAAUUAAAGUUAUAUGAACGUAUAUUUAUGUUUAAAGCAUAUGAAUUUUAUGCUUAAUGUUAAGAAGUUGAAAGUAGCCAAUGUUUCUAACAUUCUAAGAAACGUUAAGGUCAAAUCAGCAAUGGAGACAUUUAUUUCUUUUUGAAAAUGUAAUCAAUUUUAUAAAUUGAAGAAAUUUUGAGAUGUGUGAUAAACACGAGUGAUGCCAUCAUCACUGUCAUCAAAUACACAAAAUAAAGUCUAUAUUACAUUGCACUUUG